CCAGCAUCUCUGGAAUACGACCUCGUGCAUCCUUGUUUCAAGAUUGGCUGCCAGUUGUAGCCCUUCAAAUGCUGUGCACCACACCACUUUCUCUUGUGCCGAGCAUCAACUGUCAGCGGCAAUGGAAUACGUACUCCAAAUACACGUUGUUAACCGCCAACUAGGACUGGUUGUUUCAGUCGAUUAUUCCUCGGUUCACGCAAUCCAUCCAUGUUCAGUUAUGGAUACUUGAUCGUUUAAUACAACCUCGAGGGUCGCAUUGCCCGGACAUGGGCUCCGGCAGAGUCAUGUUGCCUACCAUCCUUGACAUCUCACAAGUCAUGUCAACUCAUCUCGGUACUUUAUUCGAAACUGCCUAGCUUUCAAAAACAUCAGACAUUCGCAGGUAGCCACAAUGCGCUGACCAACUGGAUCACGGCAUUCGCUCCAUCACGAAGUCUAUCAGAACAAAGAAACCCAACUCCCUGGCCACGGCGCUGCGGGUACCAUUUUCCUGCAUUCCGGUCUCCUCCAGAAAUUCACCGUGCGUAAAAAGGUUCUGUUGGUUCCAGGAUUUUUCAUGUUCAGUGUUGGUUUCGUUUCUGGGAUUAUAUCUCUCGGGAGAGGUUUCAUCCGGUAUUGGACAUGCCAGGUCCAGACAAACCAGAUCAGAUCAUGUCCCUCUGUGCCGUUAAAUUGCCACGCUCUCGAUUCCCUCCCUGCAUUAACCAAAACUAGGUAACAGCUAACGUCUUGCAGAAGGGGGAUCUCUUCUCGAUUUACCUUGUCAGCGGGGAACGGGCCGGACGGGACGAAUACAGCCUUGCAAGGUUGAUUGUGAUUAAAUGUCCAUCAUCACCAACAACACCACACAUCACUUACACUUUCAUAUGAAAGUGUUUAUUCUCAGCAAAUAAUGAUGAAUUACGGCCUUUCUUACUGUGUACUUACACUUACCACCAUGUCUACAACGCCCGCAACGCUCAGCUCCUCCCAGGACCCCCAAGUCUCAUCCACUGAAAUUGUUUGUCUUGAUCUGUCGUACGCCACCAACACAGUCAUCUACCCCAGCCCUCUCAAAUACCUUGAUCACAGAAUGAACGGAACACCGCAUCAGGCUGGAAGCCCGGGACGUCAUUGUCUUUGCUUUUUGAGUUGCAAAUCUCUACUGAAUUUCCACGCGUUUAUCCGCCAAGCGGACGCAAGCCUCCAGACCAUUCCCGCAGGGCAUUCCAAUAAUAUUAACUUUGAGACAUCAGACCAUUUCCCCCAUCUCCCAGUCAAAAGGCCUGUAUCUUGAAAAAAUAGGCUCUGGGGAAAAUAUGCUCCUGAGACAAGCCGUUUCAACUCAAAUCCUCCCUUCAGUCGGGACUGAUCAUAUCACAACUCACACCGUUGACGAUACCCGCACAAGGCUCGGCUCCAGAUGUCGAGGCUUAGCUACAUACUAAGCUUCAGUAGGCUAUCCCUUCUCUCCCUGCACUGCCGAUCUUGUUGGUCGUCGUCUCAGCAUGGCGCGGCACGACACGACGCGGGCUUACCUCUCGAUCGGAUACUUUCCCUUCUAUCUUCUUUGUCACUUAAGGCCAAAGCCAAGGCUCAAUCACCAACUUGCAGAUUCCAAACAUGACCUUUGCUUUUUUGCUCGCUCUCGUCUAUGGUAGCCCAUGGCAAGCCACAAUCCAGUUUCUGUCUCACAGCCUGGACUCUGAUUUACCCCUCUUCUUGGGAACACCAGCUUCUCGUAUCACGGUAAACCUGUCUUGGGCCGAUGUCUCUUGUCGAGUUUCUUGCGUAAGGGAGCCAGAGGGGGAGGCAGCGUUUCCCCGCUGUUGGGCAUCUGCGGCCGUUGGCAUUACCAGCUCACAGGCCGGUCUUCUAUGUGAGAAGUUUUGGCUUCGAUGAUAUUGGACGCCGCUUGCAGUACACCGGACAUAUCCUCCGGUUUGAUUGACUGCCCUGCACAUGCCACGAAGUCAAUUGAGCCAGUGGCGCCUUUUCUUUUUCGGUAUUCUUGUUGAUGCAUCUCCUCACACGAAUACACAAUCCAAUGCUCACAUAUCCGGAGUGCUAUCCGCUGCAUCUAGCAUUGAUAUGUUGAAGAAGCCUUCAGUUGUUAGACAAGGUCGUGUAGAUCAGCAAACAUGCACCAACCCGCAAACUAUCACGUCAACUCUAACGCUCUGCAGAGUCAUGUUUAGUCUCGCUGUUCCACGUCGGCAGGCUAUGGGGGACUCGUAGUUUGACAGGCAUGGCAUGUUGCACCGUGGUACGAAAGAAUGGGCCGAUGAGAGAUGGCACAUUGAGUGAGUAUCCGUCGAGUUGCUGGGAGACUUCUAGCUUGACAGGUGAUACUGAGGUAUACAUGGUAACUGUCACUUCCAUGGCAAUCAACGGGUUUGCUUUCCUUCUGUGAAAGCCUUUAGUGUUCUUUAGCAGCUUCUUGCGCAGUAGAUGCCAACCUCUUCUAAUUCAAAGCAAUGACGUCUAAUUCCAAGUUC